AUGGCCCUCAGGGAUUUACUAACUACAAUCAACCCGUUCUCGUCUCAUCAGGAAACAAACGAUGAUAACGAAGAAUUCAAGCUUCCAAGCAUGGCGUCCCUGGUCAUCAUGCUGGUAAUGAAUUUCCUUCUUCAAGUAAGACAUCUGCAUAGGACGUUGCAAAGGUCACUCACAUGGUCUGCUCCGGCCCAUAUAGGUAUCAUUUUCAUCAUCGUUUCAUCAGCAAACGAAUAUGCAGAGUACUUGGGAGGAAAUGCUACUUUCUCUGGUGUUGUCAUCGGCAUACCAACCGGCUUCGCUGUGCUUUCUUUGAUUCCUUUGACGCAGUGCGAUAAAGGGUUGUACAAAAUGCCUCUUCAUAUCAGUUGCUGCUUUGCCAUUAUAGGCCACGUCGCUUACGCUGUUGCGUAUCGGGCCAACUUCUUAUACCUGAUUCUGAUUGGCCGGUGCCUUACCGGUGUAUCAUUUACUAUGUUCAUGUACUGCAAGCGGUACUGUACGGACCCUCGAAUUAUUGGAAUCAGACGAAGGACGACCCUCGCUGGCUGGCAGGUCGUCUGCCAAGGUUUGGGCCUGAGCCUUGGUCCAUUCCUUGGUGGAUUGUUGUAUAAGAUCGGGUUCUCGAACUCAAUCUUCAACGGUUAUACAAGUCCGGGGUGGAUCAUGGCUGGAAUCUAUGCUGGCUUCUGGGUCUUGGUCACACAAUAUUUUGAGGACAUCCCUCAACCACCACCUAUGACCAUGAUGGAGUUGUCUCUCCCCGUAGCGAAAGGUCUCGAGAUAGAGCAUUGUCCGAACUAUUCAUCAGCACCUGCCACAAGCCUUCCCUUGCCCAUUGACGAAUCAUUCAGAGCACAACUCUCGCUGAUCACACUGUCCCAGUGGGGUGUCAUUAUAUGCAUGUGCUGGUUCUCGAUGGUCUGCUUCUUUAUCUUAGGCUCCUGGGAAGCCAACUUGCCUGUAUUUGGAGCUGCCACUGCGAACCUCCGCUGGUCUCCGUUUGAUGCAGGAAAUUUUAUUGCCCUUGGUGGAAUAAUAUGCUUCCCCUUCCUCCUCGCCAACAUCCUAGCUGCGCGUCGGAUACAAGAUCGCAAACUCCUCGCUUUCGGGACGACUGUCGGCCUUGCAGGGCUUACCACUUUUCUUUCCAUCCUUUACACCGACACAGUCAAUUACAGCUCACUGUUUGCAUGUUGGUGCACCGUGGCGCUCGGGUUUAAUAUCGCAACUGCAAUUACCCUUAGUCUCCUCAGCAAGCAGCUCCCGCCCUACUGGAACGGACGCACUUCGAUCGUGAUCCAAUGUAGUAAUUUCACUGGUCGCGUGACCGGCACAAUCUGGGGUGGUUCGGGCGUUUCAGUUGGGAUGAUGAACUUUGUAAUAUUGGAGAUUGUUAUGGUUGGUAUUGGAGUUAUUCUAUUUACAACGUUGUGGAACAAGCUGAAGACGAAGAACGGAUGAUGUGCCCAGGGAAAGCACAUUUUCUGGUACUUUGCACUCCAGGUCCGAGUCUAUAGAGCCCUACC